AUGAAUGUGGAUGGAGCUGUUAGUAGAAUUGGGAUGAUUGCUGGAAUUGGGGGUAUUCUGCGUGAUUGGAAUCGAUCUGAGCUUAUUUCCUUUUCACAAAAGGCUGGUCCUAAUCCUAUCAUUCUAGCAGAAUUGAAAGCUAUCAAAAGAGGCAUUGAAAUCUUUGUCGCCUCAGAUUGGGUGUCGAAGGGAAGACUCAUUCUGGAAAGUGACAGUAAGCAAGCAGUGGAUUGGAUUCAUGAUCAAGUUCCUACUUUUCUUUUUAAUUUUGUUCAGGACUUAGUGACUACUGUUUCUAGGCAUGAUAUUAUUGUGAGGUGGAUUCCUAGGAGCUGUAAUUGCGAGGCUGAUAAAUUUGCUAAGGAGGGGAUUGGCUGA